AUGUGGAUGAGGCCCUACCCCUCAAGAGAGUCAAGCGAAAGAGUGAAGGGCAAACCGAGCCGCGUGAUGGCGGUGAACCCUGGAGCGUCGCACCCACCCAAGACUGAAAGAAAGAAGGCUGUGAAGGGGAAGUCGUUGGUGGUUGACAAGCGUUCAACGGAUGAGAGGUUCAAAGACCAGCUGGAGGAGAACAUCGUCGGCCUCCGAAAGGAGCUGGUCAGAGAGCGGGAGGAGAGGAACUACUUCCAGCUGGAGAGGGACAAGAUCCAGGGCUGCUGGGAAGUGUCCAGGAGGAGGCUGGAGGAGGAGAAGGCCGAGCUGAGGAGCAGACAAAGGGAGAGAGAGGAGGCAAAGGAUCGCCACCAAGAGGAAAUUACUCUGUACAAGCAGAGGCUGAAGCACGUCCUGUCCGAACACCACGACUCCACCUACGCGCUGAAGGCGGACGCCGUCGCCUCGACCGUCCCGGUGCUGAUUCGGCACGUGCAGGCAGAGCUCGGGCUCCGGAGUGAAGUGCACGGCCUGCAGGCGGAGCGCAGGGAGAAGAAGCUCCAAGGGGAAAACGUCAUCAUGGAGCUGAAGCUGAAGCACCAGGUGGAGUUAGUGGAGCUGGAAAACCACUACGAGAAAAGAGUCACAGAAAUGGAGAUGAAGUAUCACAACAAAGUGCAGUUAAUGAUCACAGCGCACACCACGAAGCUGGAGCAGGAGGUCGCCCGGAUCGAUGGCUGUAUGAAAAGCCGCGUUGCGACUCUGUUAGAGGACCACGAGAGAGCGGUCCGCUGCAUUGACCCGUACUAUGGUGCUCAAACCAAAGUCCUGUUCAAUCAGAAAAAUCUGAAGGUUGAACUUGCGGAGGCGAUGGCGCUGAAGGCGCGCACGGACAAGCGGUGCUCAAAGGUCGAGCAGGAGAACAGACGUCUGAAGGAGUCUCUGCCGGGAUGCCAACGGAAGCUCUCAGAGUUACAGAAACAGCUGCAAGACCACAAGCAGGCCAGCAUCAAGACGGCGGCGACUAAAGCCAGAGUGAAGGCCCUGGAUCAGGAGAAGAGGGACCUGUCGGUGGAGCAUGUGCUGCUCGAGCAGGCCUUUGAGAAGGUUCAGCAGGAGUGUGACGAGCUGUCGCAGAAACAGACGGCGGCCAUGCUGGACAUAGAGCAGCAGUGCGGCCUGAAGCACCUGUUGCUGGAGAGGAAAGUGGCAGCGCUGACCCACACUUUGGAGAAGAAGGAGGCGCAGCUCUGCGCCGCACUCUUGGCCUCCAACAUCGACCAAACUGCAGCCAGCAGCGCCGCUAACAAACUCCAGGAAAUGCUGGAGUCCAAACAGGCCACCGCCAACGGCUUGCAGCGCGACUUGGAUCGAGACUGUACGGAGUAUGACGACCUGCUGCAGACCUGUAAGGACCAGCUGAAGGCGUUGGGCGUCCCUCUGCACGACUUCCCCUUCAAGUGUUCCAAGUGGAUCCUGGGGGGACGGACUCGGGUGCAGAACUCACAGGACGUGCAUGAAUAA